UUGUUCUAAUAACCCCACAGCUCUCCUUUCUCUCUCUACCACCCCACCAGCAGAGAGAGCAUUCACCACUUCAUCUCCCUCCUCUCUUUCUCCUCCCUCUAUAUAUACGCACCCCUACCCAGUUCUUGGUUCCUCUCUCUCUCUCCCACCACCACCAUCUCCUAAUCACAAGGCAUCUUGCAUACACAGAGAGAGAGAAAGAGAAGCCAAGAAGAGAUCAGCAGCUGCUCAACUAGCUAGCGUGGAGGCGUCCAAGGUGGGAGACCCAAGCACAGGCUUGCUAGCCGACCAGCUGCUCCACCGGAGCCGAUGGCUGGCGCCGAUGUCGACGUCGGGACGGAGCUCAGGCUCGGGCUGCCGGGAGGCGGCGCCGAGGCGGCCAAGGCCGGGAAGAGGGGCUAUGAGGACACCAUUGACUUGAAGCUGACGCUGCCCACCGGCGGCAUGCAGGAAGACUCCGCCGGCAAGCCGGAGCCGGCAGCCGACAAGGCCAAGAGGCCGGCAGAGGCCGCGGCCGCUGACCCCGAGAAGCCACCUGCUCCCAAGGCACAGGCUGUGGGUUGGCCACCAGUCCGGUCGUACCGCAGGAACGCCAUGACCGUCCAAUCGGUGAAGAUCAAGAAGGAGGAGGAGAUCGAGAAGCAGCAGCCUGCUGCUACCGCUGCUGCUGGCGCCAACGGCUCCAACUUUGUCAAGGUGAGCAUGGACGGCGCGCCCUACCUGCGCAAGGUGGAUCUCAAGAUGUACAACACCUACAAGGACCUCUCCAUUGCUCUGCACAAGAUGUUCAGCACCUUCACCGCAACUGGGAAUGAGGGGAAGAUGGUUGAGGCAGUGAACGGUUCAGAUGUUGUUACUACUUACGAAGACAAGGAUGGCGACUGGAUGCUUGUUGGAGACGUCCCAUGGGAGAUGUUUGUUGCUUCAUGCAAACGCUUGAGGAUCAUGAAGGGUUCCGAAGCCAUCGGUCUUGCACCAAGGGCCAAGGACAAGUACAAGAACAAGAGCUAAACAUGGGGCAGUAAGAGGAAGACUAUGAUGCCAUAAGGAUGGUGUUCUUGCAGUGUGCUGUGGUUUCUUAGAUAUAUAAUGUUUUCAAUUAUUAGCUGGAUUAAAAGAAGGGAGAGUUGCCAUGUUUAAUUUGUUGGUGGACCAGAAGCAAUAAUCUAUCUGUGUGUAGCUGGAUUGGUGUUAUGUGAUGUUCCCUACCAUGUGUCCCAGAAUCUACUUGGUGAUUUUAUUCUACUGUUGUCAAUUAAGUAUGUGUGAUUGUUAAGUAAAGGGCAUCUAUGAGAUUAUUAUUAUUGUGGUAUCUUGUAAGUUAACCUGUUUGUUAAUUAUAAGCACACUAUUUUUGUAA